ACCGCCGCCCAGUCGCCGCGGUGGCUGCCGGGACGCGCCGCAGCGAAUGGUCGCGCCGGGCGCCGCUCUGAGUGACCUUUCACCCGCGCCCAGCGGUCCCGGGCGGCGGCACAAGGCGGAAGCCAUGGCGGAGGCGGCGGCUGCCUCUGUCGCGGGCGCGGGCUCCGGCUCGGUCUCCUGCUCCGGCUCCGGCUCUGCAGCGGACCGGUUCCGGAACCGGGACCCGGAGCAGGAGCGCGCCGGGCGGAGGCUCCGGGUUCUCUCGGGCCAUCUGCGGGGCCGGCCCCGGGAGGCUGUGAGUACCAAUGAGUGCAAAGCGCGGAGAGCCGCGUCGGCGGCCACGGCGGCGCCCACUGCCACUCCUGCCGCGCACGAGUCGGGCACAAUCCCCAAGAAGCGGCAAGAAAUUAUGAAAUGGAAUGGAUGGGGAUAUAAUGAUUCCAAGUUCUUCUUCAAUAAGAAAGGCCAGAUUGAGUUGAGUGGGAAAAGGUACCCUCUUAGUGGCAUGAGUUUACCAACUUUUAAAGAAUGGAUCCAAAAUACCCUUGGAGUACGUGUGGAGCAUAAAUCUACCUCUAAAGCAUCCUUAAAUCCUAGUGAUACACCUCCUUCUAUUGUAAAUGAAGAUUUUCUUCAUGACCUUAAAGAAACGAAUAUUUCAUAUUCACAAGAAGCAGAUGAUCGAGUAUUUAGAGCUCAUGGCCAUUGUCUUCAUGAGAUAUUUUUGCUCAGGGAAGGAAUGUUUCAGCGUAUUCCUGAUAUAGUUUUAUGGCCAACGUGUCAUGAUGAUGUAGUUAAGAUUGUGAAUCUAGCGUGCAAAUAUAACCUUUGUAUCAUACCAAUUGGUGGAGGAACAAGUGUUUCGUAUGCCCUGAUGUGUCCUGCAGAUGAGACAAGAACAAUUAUUUCUUUGGAUACUUCACAAAUGAAUCGAAUCCUCUGGGUUGAUGAGAAUAAUCUGACAGUUCACGUAGAAGCUGGCAUAACAGGACAAGAGUUGGAGAGACAGCUUAAAGAAAGUGGUUAUUGUACAGGUCAUGAACCGGAUUCCCUGGAAUUCAGCACUGUGGGAGGAUGGGUAUCUACUCGGGCAUCAGGCAUGAAGAAGAAUAUCUAUGGCAAUAUUGAGGACCUGGUGGUUCAUAUAAAAAUGGUAACACCUAGAGGUAUAAUAGAAAAAAGCUGUCAAGGACCUCGUAUGUCAACAGGCCCUGAUAUCCAUCACUUCAUCAUGGGAUCUGAAGGAACUCUUGGUGUGGUAACAGAAGCUACAAUAAAAAUCAGACCAAUCCCUGAAUACCAAAAGUAUGGCUCGGUAGCUUUCCCUAAUUUUGAACAAGGAGUAGCCUGUUUAAGAGAAAUUGCAAAGCAGAGAUGUGCGCCUGCGUCUAUACGCCUCAUGGACAACCAGCAGUUUCAGUUUGGUCAUGCUCUUAAACCUCAGGUUUCCUCUAUUUUUACAUCAUUUUUGGAUGGAUUAAAAAAGUUUUAUAUUACAAAGUUUAAAGGAUUUGAUCCAAAUCAGCUAAGUGUCGCUACAUUACUGUUUGAGGGGGACCGUGAGAAAGUUCUUCAACAUGAAAAACAAGUGUAUGACAUUGCUGCAAAAUUUGGUGGAUUAGCAGCUGGAGAAGACAAUGGACAGAGAGGUUAUUUGCUGACCUAUGUCAUUGCAUACCUUCGGGACCUGGGUUUGGAAUACUAUGUAUUAGGAGAAUCUUUUGAGACUUCCGCUCCUUGGGACAGGGUUGUAGAUCUCUGUAGAAAUGUAAAAGAAAGAAUAACAAGAGAAUGCAAAGAGAAGGGUGUUCAGUUUGCUCCUCUUUCUACAUGCAGGGUGACGCAGACAUAUGAUGCAGGUGCAUGUGUCUAUUUCUACUUUGCCUUUAACUACAGGGGAAUAAGUGACCCACUGACUGUGUUUGAACAGACCGAGGCAGCUGCUAGAGAAGAAAUCCUCGCUAAUGGAGGGAGCCUGUCGCAUCACCAUGGAGUGGGCAAGUUACGGAAGCAAUGGCUAAAGGAAAGUAUCUCUGAUGUUGGCUUUGGGAUGCUGAAGUCUGUCAAGGAAUAUGUGGACCCCAAUAACAUCUUUGGAAGCAGAAACCUUUUAUAAAUCCAUUACUGUUGUUAUGAAAAAGGUCACUUUUUUUUUUAAAGUCUUCAACUAUGGUUAUACCAGUAAUCAAAUAUAUCAUGGACUAUAUUUCGGCUACAUUUGUUGGUUUAAAAUGUUUGUUUUACUCUGUAGUUUGUUUUGUUUCUACAUCUUUGGAUUGACAGAUGGUAUUCCUAAAUUUCUUUCAUUGUAGGUGCAUCAGUUUACUGCCAACUGGUUGUCAUUUCAAAUUUUAGUCAGGCAGCACAAGGCUGCCAGUUGUUAUUUCAGAGGAAGAUGCUGCCAGCUGUUUUGUUUUGAUGCUUCCUCUUGGGAACAAAGGCAGAUUUGGUGUCAUCUACUGCUUAUCUAGUCUCUUUUUAAAGGAAGGUUUCUGGGGAGCAGACAUCAAGGGAAGGAUUCCACUGAGGAGGGAUACACAUGUAUGUUUUUUUAAGAGUACAUUCUAGUGUGAGUAGGCCAUCGAGGGAGGAUACUCAUGAAAGAAUAUAGGCAACCUGUUAUUUGGAUGCUUUCAGUUCUGUAAGGUGCUUGGCCUGCAUUUUUCUUUGAAAUUAGUAUACCGUUAUAAAACCUUAAAUCAUCAGUAUAUAAAUUAUUCUGUUAGAGGACACAUUUUUGUUCUCCCUGUUUCUGUUUCUACUGAGUUAUGAGUUGUAUUUGUAUCACUGAGAUAACCUGUUGUUAUAUCCUUGUUCAUUCAUAAUAUGUUUUUAGAAGAAAAGCUGACUUACCAUUCAUUGUGUGUGAAGAACAGGUUUACCAUGAAAUGAAUGCCUUUAAUCAACUUGAGAGUCCUAAUGUUUCUGAUUUCGCAUUCUGAUUGCUGAGAAACAGAAGAAGCUGCAGCAGGAGCAGAAGAAGGAAGACUCCUUACACUUAAAUGUGUCCAGUUCAAAGAAUUGUUUGGCUAAAGAAACACAGUCAUCAUUCAGCUAUUGAAUUUGAAAGCCUCAACAGUUUCAAUGACAAAAAUCUUUUUUUUUAAAUUAACCCAAACAACACGAUAAAUUUUCAUAUAAAAGUAAAAUUUCAAUUUAGUUUUUACUAAUGGUUUAAUGCCUUUUUUGAAUUACUGGUUUAACAUAAAUUUUUAAAUGUAUUAAUACACAUACCAUGUCAAAAGUUUGAAAUACCGUAUUUCUUAAAAAAUAGGAACAUUAAUCACAUUUAGCAAACAUUUAUACAUUCAAACCUGGAUAUUAAAAUAAGUGAAAUGAUUACUUUGAAUCACUGUCUGUCAAGGUUCAUGAUUCACAGUUUGAGAUGUGUUCUUUUCUUACUGCAAUAUCUAACUUUUGAUAAUUUUUUAAAAUUUAAUAUUUGAUCAGAUAAUCUAAGUCAAAAUGCAGACGAUCCUUUAAAAGGACACACUGUCUGUCUAUGUAGCAACAGCUCCAAAGUAUUUUUGGGCAGUUUGAUACCUUUUAUAUCUGAAGUAGCCUUAACCAGGAAAAUGAAAAUUUAAAAUUGACAAAAUGGUAUUUUUAAGAUUUCAAAAUGGUAAAUAAUUUAUAACUAGUAAAAUUGGCCUCAAACUAAGAAACUUAAAUCUGUAAGCAAAUCAAAAUUAAAUAUUAGUUUAACAACAAAAACUAAAUAUUUAUUUAUUAGAACUUGCCUCUCUUCGUUAGUGAUUUAUUUUUAAUUAUAAAAUUUCCAGCAGAUCUUUGCUUAAAGCCCUUAGUAUUUGAAAUAGUUGGAUAUACUUGAUAAGGAAAUUACAGUUGCCUCUAGAAUUAUAAAAAUAUCAGCUUUAUAAAAUGCAUCUGUUCAUGAAGGUAAUUUCUCUAAUUGGUGAUCAAAAUGUAAAGCUUAAUACAGUACUAAUAUCUCACUGGAGUGUAUACGUGUUUCUGAGUAAAAUUCUUUUUAAUAAAACUUACAGAUUCAUAAGCAGAUCCCUUCCUUUGCAUGUGAUUGUUCCAACAUUCUUUCCCAGGGAGUUCAGAUUUCAGCAGUCUCAGAAAUCUGUAUUUGAUAUUAGGAAACUAUAAAUGUAACACCUGAAAUUAUUGUGUUCACUCUUCUACAUGAACCUUAUGGAAAUCAGUGAUUUAUGUCAUUGUUUCUCCCCCCACGUACGCAGGCCCCCGACCUUGGUUUCAUAGUAAUGGCUACAUUUUGUAGUUGGAAUCAGUUCUCCAGGGAUGGUUUUGACACAUGACCACUCAUCAGUGCCGUUUCCACUCUGACUUAGUAAAUCCGAAGGCUCUUCCCCACCUUCGCACACCCACUUCGGAGAGGGGCCUCAGUGUUUCCUUAGUGUCUCUAGAGAGCUGAGCUCUUGAAUAUGCACAGAAGCACUUAAACCUGGCCUCAUAUUUCUGAAGUAACUGGAAAUGGCUUCAUAAAACUUAAAGUCCAGAGAACAUUGUUUAUGUGAGGCUUCUUAACUCAUUUUGAAUCAGUUUAUUUAAAAUUUUAAAAGGUCGUAGCCUAUUUGGUUUUCAGUACUGCAUAACACCAACUGAUCUUUCUUAAAUUAGUCAUACUUCUGUUUUAUUUGAUGGUGUCACAUUUGGGCUGGGGUUUUAGUGGGAAUGGGAACUUGCUGCCUGUGCGGAUGGCAUUGAGUACCUAAAGACUCCAUAUGAACAGGCUUUGUUGACCCUUAGAGAAACUGUUGCCUUAAUGUUGGUGCAAUUUACAGUGCGCAAGUGAAUUUAGUCUAAUGCUGAGUCACUUGAGCUUUUAUAGUUUAGUAAGAAUUGUAGAAGCCAUGUGUUCAGUGUGCCCAGCAUUUUACUACAAAGAAAGAGGCUUAAAUUCUUCCCUCUUCUGAAGAAUUGGUAGUAUUCUUCCUAAAUGCUUACAUAUCACAGUACUGUUACUUAAAAAUUAUUUUUGAAGCUGAAAGUCUCCUAGUGUGCAUAGCUGUGUUAUGUAUUUUAGAAAACAAAAGCGCAAUAAAGGAUGAGCUUCCAUCAGUAUGUAUGCUAUACCAGAUAUGGAUGGUUGCAAGGAACCCUCUUUUUCAGAAUAUUCUCUUAGUAACCGCUAAGUCCUAGUUUACAUUUUUGAAAAUACCUUUCUGCAUGUUAGCUCCAGAGAUUUUCCUUUGUCAUAUUCUUUCAUAGCUACAGUUUCUUAACCGUAGCUGAUUGGAGAAGCCCUGUAGUCCCAAGCUGAAGCAUCGGCUGUUCUCACGGGGCUGGGUUUGGUUGAGCAUCUAUUCUAUACAAAUGUGGAACACAGACAUAUUUAUUAUGGUUUGAUACACAAACCACAUGGGCUGGUGCUUGAGGCAACUCAAAUGGAGUGUUGUGGAAAACAUAUCUCCAUUUUAAGAGCCAGUGAGACAGGAGUUAAGGGCAGCUGUAAUAGCUUUUGUUUACCACUUAAUCUUUAGCAACUUUGAUUUUAAUUGGGGCUUAGCUCAUGGUUGGAGAAAAGCAGAAAAUAACAAAUGCCAGUUUAGGAUCGAAGAAUCCAGAAUCACCUUUGGCUUUUAUGAGUUAGGGAAGGUUGGCUUUGUUCAGGGCUUCUUGUUCCUAAAUGAGUCACAUGUCAGUAAAUUUAUUUGAUUUUUAGGAAUUUCAGUUUCCUGAAAAGGCAACAACAUAUACAUUGAUGCUGAAAUCGAGAAAGUAUAAAAGAUUAUUUUUAAACUAUUGAUAUGAAGGAUGUAAGUUACUCAGCUUUCUGCUCCCUAAGCCAAGCACUGUUAGUCUUUAGUAUGAAUUUAACUGUAAGAACUACUUCUAGUGUCAACAGACGAUAGAAACUUGUGUUAUUGAUAAAAUGGACCUGGGUCUAAGGAUUUUUUCUUUCUUCAAAGGAAGCGUGAAGCUGUUUGUUCUUCUGUUUGCAUAUGGGUUUUUCUUUCAGCUUUAGUUUUUCAUCUUCAUAUUUCCACUGAUUUGAAAGCAAAAGUAAUUUUUAUAAUUUUACUAAUGAAGCAUAGUCAAGUGCAACCUAAAUAUAACUAAAUCCCUUUAGAUUUAUAGCUGAGUAUAUUCUUAGCUAGGUUUUAUCACUCUCUAUUUUUUAAAUCAAUGUUAUAUUCCUGGGAGGUGUUUAGUCUCCUGUGAACCUGAAGCAUUCCUGUUUGACCCUUGGAAGACCCUCAAAGAAUGAGCACUCUUGUGCUCUUGCAACCACAGUUCCUUAACAAACAUGAGUAGGGGCCACUGAAAAAUAGAACACUCAAGCCAAAGAACCAUCACAGAAUUGAUAACUUUACUUCUGUGAUUUGGUUCCCAAAGGAGAUUAUUUUGUUUUUUUCCACAAGGAAGAAAAAUAAUACAUUAAGUAUCAUUAAGAACAUUUUUCAGAGAUUCUGAACUUCCAAAUCUGAGACGAGACAGAGAAGGAAGGGAAAAAAAAUUUUAGUGUGGAUUUCUAAGCAGCAUACAUGCAUGUUUUCAAGGCAUCUUAUUGUUGGCAGUGUUUUUCAUGAACAACAUGAGCACCGUCUGAAAGAGGUCGUUUAACCCUUGCUCUUGUUCACAUAUCCAAAAGGACCACAUGAAAUGCUUGUACUGGUAUACAGAUUCUAUAAAUAAUAAUUUUUUUGAGCUACUUAAAGAAUAUCUCCAAAAGCUCACAGUGCCUUGUUGUCGUUGGUUUUUUUUUCCCAUAAAAUAGCCAUUAUUUAAAAUGAGCGGGAGAGGGUAAGUCUUUGAAGACAGAUUGUUUAGCAGUUCAAGGCUAUUCCUCUUCAAGAACAUGUCAGGAAUUAAGUAGUUGUACAUAAAAACACUGAAAAUCCUUUCCACGGUGUUGGUUUGGAUCCCCUAGUCUAGUGUAUUUAUCUAAUUGUGUGGUGGACCUGUAUUCUCACAUACUUCUGUUCAGUUGAUGGGAUUUAUAUGUACUUCAUUCCUACAUUUUCAUUCCUACUGUCCCAAUUUAGUAGCCCUAAGAUGUGGCUUGGUGGAUGUGGCAUACUCAGUCCCUGAGACACCACUACAUGCUUUUGGACUUUUGCUCACACAGCUCCCUGAGCAGAGCCUGAGGGUAGGGUGGGGGGUUCUAUUCCUUAAGUGUAUGUCAGUCUUUUUGUGUGACGGUGCCUUCAGAAUAAUGAAUAUUUCUGUUCCUGGACAAUGGUAAAUCCUAUGAGAAAUAUGUGUAGGUUAUAUUUCUUAAUUUUUGUCCUUUUUUGCUAAGCCUGUGAAAUACUUUGGCUCUGAUACAACUUGACUUGAAUAAUAUCUUAUCCUGAGUCUUCCUCCAAGGCAGUACAUAUUCCUGCCAGUACUGUAGUAAUCUUUUGGAAACUACAUGUGGGUAAGCACUUGUAUGUAAGCCAUUAUACUGCUGUAACUAAUGCAUACAAACAGUUCUUCUCUUUACAUUUAUAGUCUAAAAGUGGCUAUCUAGUGGGAAGGAAAAUUCCUCAGAUUCCAGCACAGCUUUGUCAAUUCCGACUGAGCCAUACUGUUUUCCACAAGGGCUCAACGCAUAGUCUGUAUCCUGUGCUUUCAGUGUAUGUUGGGAUUCUUCUUUUAUUGCUUUUGCUAGACUAUACUGUUCUAUAAGCAAAUGCCCAUGUGUGAUUUUUAAGAUGUGCUGGGAAAAAAUAAAACAAUACCAAAACCA